UUCUUGUUUUUCUUAGCACGUAUUCCACUGAGGGCAGUAAAAGUGCUGUGUUCUCAGGAACAUUUUAGUGGAUAAACCAAAUGACCAGUCUUCAAGAUGGUCUUCAGAGAGCAACUAUCCUCCCCAGUAUUUGAUUCUAAAGCUUGAAAGGCCUGCUAUAGUUCAGAAUAUCACAUUUGGAAAAUAUGAGAAAACUCAUGUCUGCAAUUUGAAGAAAUUUAAAGUCUUUGGUGGAAUGAAUGAAGAAAAUAUGACAGAGCUAUUAUCCAGUGGCUUAAAGAAUGAUUAUAACAAAGAAACAUUCACCUUGAAGCAUAAAAUUGAUGAACAGAUGUUUCCUUGUCGAUUCAUUAAAAUAGUUCCACUCUUGUCCUGGGGACCCAGCUUUAACUUUAGCAUCUGGUAUGUUGAACUUAGUGGCAUCGAUGACCCUGAUGUCGUACAACCCUGUCUCAACUGGUAUAGCAAGUAGUACCGUGAACAGGAAGCAAUUCGCCUUUGCCUCAAACACUUCAGACAGCACAACUACACAGAAGCUUUUGAGUCACUGCAGAAGAAAACCAGAAUUGCACUGGAGCAUCCCAUGCUGACAGAUCUUCAUGACAAACUGGUGCUGAAGGGUGAUUUUGAUGCUUGUGAAGAAUUGAUUGAAAAAGCUGUAAAUGAUGGCUUGUUCAACCAGUAUAUCAGCCAGCAGGAAUAUAAGCCACGAUGGAGUCAAAUCAUUCCCAAGAGCACCAAAGGUGAUGGAGAAGACAACCGACCAGGAAUGAGAGGAGGUCAUCAGAUGGUCAUUGAUGUUCAAACAGAGACCGUGUAUUUGUUUGGUGGCUGGGAUGGAACACAAGACCUUGCCGACUUCUGGGCGUACAGUGUGAAGGAGAACCAGUGGGCAUGCGUCUCCAGAGACACUGAGAAGGAGAAUGGUCCUAGUGCCAGAUCAUGUCAUAAAAUGUGCAUUGACAUUCAGCGGAGGCAAAUCUACACACUGGGGCGUUAUUUGGAUUCCUCUGUGAGGAACAGCAAAUCUCUGAAAAGUGACUUCUAUCGUUAUGACAUUGACACAAACACAUGGAUGUUACUAAGUGAGGAUACUGCUGCUGAUGGAGGGCCAAAAUUGGUCUUUGAUCAUCAGAUGUGCAUGGACUCAGACAAGCAUAUGAUCUACACCUUUGGCGGUAGGAUUCUGACUUGUAACGGCAGCGUGGAGGACAGCAGAGCCAGUGAGCCGCAGUUCAGUGGGUUGUUUGCUUUCAGCUGUCAGUGUCAAACCUGGAAACUCCUCCGGGAGGACUCCUGCAACGCUGGGCCCGAGGACAUCCAGUCCCGGAUAGGACACUGCAUGCUCUUCCACUCAAAAAAUCGUUGCUUAUAUGUAUUUGGUGGCCAGCGAUCAAAGACCUAUUUGAACGAUUUCUUUAGUUAUGAUGUGGACUCUGAUCAUGUAGACAUAAUAUCAGAUGGCACCAAGAAAGACUCUGGGAUGGUUCCAAUGACAGGAUUUACACAGAGAGCAACUAUUGAUCCAGAACUGAAUGAAAUACAUGUCUUAUCUGGACUCAGCAAAGACAAAGAAAAGAGGGAAGAGAAUGUCAGAAAUUCAUUCUGGAUUUAUGACAUUGUGAGGAAUAGUUGGUCUUGCGUCUAUAAGAAUGAUCAAGCCGCAAAGGACAAUCCAAGUAAAAGUCUUCAGGAGGAAGAACCGUGUCCAAGAUUUGCCCAUCAGCUUGUAUAUGAUGAGCUGCACAAGGUUCAUUAUUUAUUUGGUGGGAAUCCAGGAAAAUCUUGCUCCCCAAAGAUGAGAUUAGAUGACUUCUGGUCCCUGAAGUUGUGUAGACCUUCAAAAGAUUACCUACUGCGACAUUGCAAGUACCUCAUAAGAAAACACAGGUUUGAAGAAAAGGCCCAAAUGGAUCCCCUUAGUGCUCUGAAGUAUUUGCAAAAUGAUCUUUAUAUAACUGUGGAUCAUUCAGACCCAGAAGAGACAAAAGAGUUUCAGCUUCUAGCAUCAGCUCUGUUCAAAUCUGGUUCAGAUUUUACAGCUCUAGGCUUUUCGGAUGUGGAUCACACCUAUGCGCAAAGAACUCAGCUCUUUGACACCUUAGUAAAUUUCUUUCCUGACAGCAUGACCCCUCCUAAAGGCAACCUGGUGGACCUCAUCACGCUGUAAGUGGAGCCACUGGACAGAGACGAGGUGGGACUCGGCACCAGUCUGCGGGUGCAGCCUCUUACUGACAGUCCGGCUGCGGGGACCGGGAACUGCACCAGAGCUCUAAGGGAUCGUAACCAUCACAAGUUUUAAUCCUCUUCUUUCAUGCCUGACCUCAGCCCCAAUUCUCCUCAUCCUCUUCCUACAUUAGGCUAAUAAAGUGAAAUUGGUAUACUUUCCAUUUAAAUAUA